AUGGAUCACGUGACAUGGAACACAGGGGUCACUGGGGGAGACAUCACAACGGUUCCCUUACUACUAAGUGUUGCUGUUGCUAGGAAACCACACAAAAUGUCCUUCAUGGUGGCUCUUGGCCUGGUCACUACAGAGACACUGGAAGAGAUCCAGACCAAGAGACAGGAGAGGAAGAGGCGGAGCACAGCCAACCCAGCCUACAGCGGCCUGGUCCAACCAGAGCGGAAACGCCUUGCAUCAAAUUACCUGAACGACCCACUCUUCCUGUCAGUGAGAGCCACUGGGGACUACAGAUGGAAGGAAGAGCUGGAGCACGACGACCACUGCUCUGUGUGUAAGGGGGACGGAGAGCUGCAGCUGUGCCACAACUGCCCCAGAGCCUACCACCCUGACUGCCUGCACCCUCCUCUCAAAACACCGCCCCGGGGGGUCUGGGUUUGCACCAAGUGUCAGAAGAAGGUUCUGAACAAAGAGAACAUGUCGUGGCCACAGAACUUUGUCCAGUCGUAUGUGACACACAAGACGGUGAGAGAGGGGGAGAAGAGGAGUCUGCUCAGGAGGAAUGUAGAGCUGAAGAAGGAGUGUGCUCACCUGGAGGAACAGGAUCAGCAACUCAGCAAGUCCCUCACGAAGGUGAUGGGCGUGCGGGAGCGUCUGAUUGGUCAACAGAGGGACACCCAGUCCUCCCUGGAGCGUCUCAAGGCUCUGAUUCGUCUGAUCCAAAGAGACCAGAUGAUCCAGGUUACCAUGACAGCCACCGCCACCACCACCGGAGUGUCCCUGCUCUCCCUGCCCUGGAUCAAACCCUCCGGCGCCGCCACACACACAGUGCCCCCUGCUGGACCGUCUAUGCUACUGCAGCAGAAGACUCUGGUCAUGCCACAGUCUCAGACACAGAGCCAGGCUCAGGGCAAUGUCUGAGCUCUAGUAGUACCACCCCAGCCCACCAGGGGGCCACAGUUCACAGUCCAAGGAUGCGCCACAAAUGGCACUCUAUUCCCUAUAUAGUGUAGAACAGACCCAUAGGGGAAGUUUCAAAUACAUGCCCAUUUGACAUCAGAGCCCUGGUCUAAAGUAGUACACUAUAUAGGGAAUAGGGCCCUGGUCUAAAGUAGUGCACUAUAUAGGGAAUAGGGCUCUGGUCUAUAGUAGUGCACUAUAUAGGGAAUAGGGCCCUGGUCUAAAGUAGUGCACUAUAUAGGGAAUAGGGCUCUGGUCUAAAGUAGUACACUAUAUAGGGAAUAGGGCUCUGGUCUAUAGUAGUGCACUAUA